AUGGCGGGGCAGGUUUAUAUCGCAUACGCCCUGGAACCUUCGCUCGGUGAAGAAGCGGUGGAGCAGCGCCGCAAAGCCCCCGAGGCUGGUCCCGAGAUGAUGCCGACAGUGCGAUUUGUGGAUCUUAUGCGAUCUGCGGAUCUGGACCGGGGGGAGGGCUCGUCAUGCUGUUUGAACGAGUGCGCUCGAUCAUGA